AGUCACUAAGGGAGCCCUAAAUGGGGGCUGAUUGGUGUUCUGGUUGAGGAUCUGUGGGAAACAGCUGGAGAAUGAGUCAGGGAAAUAUGCUUAGCUGACAUUUUGAAAUGGAAGAGGCUAGAAGAGAUAGUUUUUUGUAAAGAAGUAAAUGCAGCUUUAAGAUCCUGCUCUUCUAUGUCAUAUUUUAUGGCUGCCUGGCCGGCAUCUUCAUCGGAACCAUCCAAGUGAUGCUGCUCACCAUCAGUGAACUUAAGCCUACAUACCAGGACCGUGUGGCCCCCCCAGGAUUAACACAGAUUCCUCAGAUCCAAAAGACUGAAAUUGCCUUUCGUCCGAAUGACCCUAAGAGCUAUGAAGCGUAUGUGCUCAACAUAGUUAGGUUCCUGGAAAAGUACAAAGAUUCAGCUCAGAAGGAUGAGAUGACUUUCGAAGACUGUGGCAAUGUGCCCAGCGAGCCCAAAGACCGAGGAGACUUGGUCCAGGAACAAGGAGAGCGGAAGGUCUGCAGAUUCAAGCUCGAGUGGUUGGGAAAUUGCUCUGGAAUAAAUGAUGAGACCUAUGGCUACAGAGAGGGCAAACCAUGUAUCAUCAUAAAACUCAACCGAGUUCUGGGCUUCAAACCUAAGCCUCCCAAGAAUGAGUCCCUGGAGGCUUACCCAGUGAUGAAGUAUAACCCAUAUGUUCUUCCUGUUCAGUGCACUGGCAAGCGAGAGGAAGACAAGGAUAAAGUUGGGAACGUGGAGUAUUUUGGACUGGGCAACUACCCUGGCUUUCCUCUUCAGUAUUAUCCCUAUUAUGGCAAACUCCUGCAGCCCAAAUACCUGCAGCCCCUGCUGGCAGUACAGUUCACCAACCUCACCAUGGACACGGAGAUACGCAUCGAGUGUAAGGCGUAUGGUGAGAACAUUGGGUACAGUGAGAAAGACCGUUUUCAGGGACGCUUUGAUGUAAAAAUUGAAGUUAAGAGCUGAUCACAAGCACAAAUAUUUCCCACUAGCCAUUUAAUAAGUUAAAAAAGAUACAAAAACAAAACCUACUAGUCUUGAACAAACUGUCAUACGUAUGGGACCUACACUUAAUCUAUAUGCUUUACACUAGCUUUCUGCAUUUAAUAGGUUAGAAUGUAAAUUUAAAGUGUAGCAAUAGCAACAAAAUAUUUAUUCUACUGUAAAUGACAAAAGAAAAAUAAAAAUUGAGCCUUGGGACGUGCCCAUUUUUACUGUAAAUUAUGAUUCCAUAACUGACUUGUAGUAAGCAGUGUUUCUGGCCCCUAAGUAUUGCUGCCUUGUGUAUUUCUUUAGUGUACAGUACUAUAGGUGCAUAUUCUGGUCAUUUCUCAAGCCAUGUUUUAUCGUAUCUGUUUUCUACUUUAUGUGAGCAAGGUUUGCUGUCCAAGGUGUAAAUAUUCAAUGGGAAUAAAACUGGCAUGGUACUUUUUUUUUUUUGGUUUGGCUCUUUCAAAGAUAAUGGCCCACCGAUGAGCAUUUUUAACACACUCCAUAGUCUUUUCCUGUGGUGUUAGGUCUUUUUUUUUUUUUUUUCCUGGGGCUGGGGCGGGGGGCUGUCAUGGGGGAACUGCCCUUAAAAUUUUAAGUGACACUACAGAAAAACACACAAAGGUGACGGGUUGUGUCGUGCUUCGUACUGAAUGCUGUCUUGACAUCUCUUCCCUCGUCCUCCAGUAUGUUCUAUAGCUGUGUCCGAGAUCCAGAUCUGCCCUGCACUGUGGCUAGUGAUGGGGCUAAUUCAUUUGCUUUGUACGUUUUCUUUUCCUUUUCUUUUUUCCCUUCUCUGGAGGCAUCACAUGCUGGUGCUGUGUCUUUAUGAAUGUUUUAACCAUUUUCAUGGUGGAAGAAUUUUAUAUUUAUGCAGUUGUACAAUUUUAUUUUUUUCUGCAAGAAAAAGUGUAAUGUAUGAAAUAAACCAAAGUCACUUGUUUGAAAAUAAAUCUUUAUUUUGAACUUUAUAAAAAGCAAUGCAGUACCCCAUAGACUGGUGUUAAAUGUCGUCUACAGUGCAAACUCCAUGUUCUAACAUAUGUAAUAAUUGCCAGGAGUACAGUGCUCUUGUUGAUCUUGUAUUCAGUCAGGUUAAAACAAUGGACAAUAAAAGAAUGAACACAUUC